AUGUCGCUAACUGAUGCGCACCGUCUAAUCUAUGGCCAAUAUGAAUUGUCCUGUGAGCAAGCGUACAAAUUGACAGUCUGGGCGGCGUGUCGAGCCGUGAUUUUCGGUUGUAUCGUCAUUUCGGUGGGACUCGGCAUGACAGCGCUUGGAUAUUUCGAUAAACACUUUAGCAUGUACACUGAGCACAUCAACGGCACCGAAAUCGAGCGGAUAGACCGAGUGAUUGCCUAUCAAUUGAAAAGUCUUCAGUAUAUUGGUCCAAUUCUGAUGGGCAUUGGAACGUUUGUGUUGAUCAUCGCUUGCGUGAUCACCCUGGAAAGCCGGGAUAAGCAUACGCAGGUGAUUCACGAAGAGUCACAAGAGAUCCGAAGACGUCGACAGCAAUCGAUCGACGACGAUCGAGAACAAUUGAUCAUUGAUGGUGGGAAUCAUUGCAUAGAGCAACAAUCCGAGAUUCACACCGUUUCCAAGAGAGAUUCGAGACGAGAGAGCGGUCUCUCCAAAUGCAGUACAGGCACGGCAACAAGCGGCUCCCCACUAUUUGCUCGAGUUCCCCGACGAUUAAGUCAAGGACCAGCGCCACUUGCUGAAGUCGACGAAAGCCUCAAUAACUCGAUACAAUCGAUAAACGAACAACAUAUCCCGCAGUCGGGA